CCUACUCUCCUGUGACUCCACUGAGUCUGGGGGAGCAAAAGUGGGACAGGGCAGAGAGCAGGACGUGAUUGGGGAACUUUCUCCUUCUUCAUGUUACUGACCUGAGAGAAGCUGCUUUAGGACAUAGAUCCCAAAGGAUCAAGAGGUACCAGGAAGCACCACUGAUCUGCACAGAACCCCUUUGCCUGCUGCUGCCCCACAGUGAACAGGGAGUAUCUGAGGAGCUGCAUGAUCCAUCCCUGGAUUCUCCAGCCACUGACUCCCAUCCACUCUGACCACAGCCAGGGGCCACAUCCCACUGCCUGCCCACUGUCCAUCGAUGGAGGUGACCAUUGUGUCUCUAUCUCCUGCCUCACUCACUGAGGUGAGAUAGAUGUCACUGAUGUGGCCAUGUACAGUGUGGCACUGCUCAUCUGCCUCUGUGGGCUGGCUGGGAACGGGGCUGUCCUCUGACUCCUCAGCUCCCUCCAUGUGUCUGGGAACAGCCCCACCCAUUACAUCCUCAUUCUGACUGUUAUGGACUUCCUCUUCAUUCUGAUCCCCUCCAGUCUGCUUUUCCUGUUGGAGGAUGUGUCCUGCUCUGUCAUCAUGCCCUUGCUAUAUGUGUGGUUGCUUUUCCAGCUGUGUCUGGUGUCCUACAUCUGCUGACAUUCAUCAGCAUCCAGAGGUGCAGGUCCAUCCACUGCCCGAUCUGGCACUGCUGCCACCGUCCCCAGCACCUCUUGAAGGUGGUUUGUGCCCUGCUCUGGGCACUCUCCAUCUCUGUCAUCUCUCUCUUUGCCACAGUAGCCUCCCUUUGUGUAUCCCAGCUAUCUGAGCACUGCUAGGCGUGUCUCAUCUCCAGGUACACCUUCAACCUCCUCCUCUGUGUUCCCUUCAUUCUCAUUUCCAGCACAAUGCUCUACAUUAAGAUCACGUCUGGCUCCCACCAGCAGCAACCUAAGAGGCUUGACAUUGUUAUCUGCUUCAUUGUGCUCCUCACUCUGCCAUUCAGCCUCAGGAAUUUACUGCAGGAGUUUGGCUAUACUAUUUUCUCAUCCCACGUGGCUUUCCUGCUCACCUGCAUCCACAGCACCAUCAAACCCUUCAUCUACUUCUUGGUAGGGAGGUGCUGGAAGCACUGCUCUAUGGAAUCCCUCCAGCUCUCCCUCCAGGGGAUCUUUGAGGAGCCAGAAGAAAACCCUGCUGGCAUCAAUGAUCCUGCCAUGGAAGCUGUGCUCUGAACCUGUUGAUUCCUCCUUCUGCACUGCUGAGGGAGCCUGGGACAGUGGGUGAAAGAUUCCUGGAGCCACCUGAUGAAUAAAUAUCCACAAUAUCACCCUCCCUGUGAUGGUGCAUACCCUCCCCCUUCCCAAGCUAUAUUGGGAUCUGAGAAAUGCUCCUGAGGCAUCAGCCUUGAGGAGCAGCCCCUGGGCUCAGCUCAUCUGCAGCUCAUCAGAAACACCCUCUGCUCCCAGAAAAUGCUGCUAUCCAACAAUUUCCUGAGUUUUAUGGACAGCCUUGGAAAUUAUUUCACUUCCCUGAAUGGUACUACAUCCCUGUUCUCACACUUUCCCAGAAAGUUGCCAGCCCAAAGUGUGGCCAGGAUGAAACUUGAUUGUGACUGAAGCCCAUCCCUUGGGGCCCUGUAAAGAAGAGUCCAAAAGGAGACUUGGAGCUCCCCUGAGCCCCAGUAGUGCUGACCAGAACCUCCCUGGGAGUGGGGCCUCUCCCAGCCAGGAUCUCUCCCGUUUGCUGCCCUCGGGUGAUCCCUGAACACCGACGGUCCUGGGCCGAUCCCCCCACUGCUCGAGGCUCAGCCCUUGGCACAGUGAGGAGAUGCAAACGGAUCCACAGUGAGCAUUUCCCUGCCUCCAAGGGGAAUUUCUCACAGGGACUCUGCACUGGCUCUGUCUGUGUGCACACACGUGUACAUCUGCCAUGGCAAAUGUGGGAGCAAUGCUGCUCUCAGGUGUUUUAGUACCUGAGACAUCUGAGUGAGUCAGGCCUGUAAAGAAGUACAAGGCAUAAGUUAUGUUAAAUGAUGUUAAGUGUUAUUCCUCUGUUGAUUGUGAUAAGUUUAAGGUAUAACUGAAGUACUGUUAAGUUUGAGUGCUGUAAUCUUUUUAAGCCAUUUUCCAUUUAAGCCACCCCAUCUCUGGAAGUGCUCCAGACCAUGUUGGAUGGGGUUUGAAGCAGCCUGGCCUAAUGGAAGGUGUCCCUGCUGGGAAAAGGCUGAGAUCAGGUAAAAACAACCACAAGUGCUCUCAAGACUAAGAAGGAUGAGCUCUGGUGAAGGAGCUGGUAGUGGGAGCACAGCACCCCAAAAUCUGGUCCCCAGUUGCUUUUAUUACAUCAUCAAGGGUAUUGGGAGUUAGUAAUGUGAGCUCUAAUGUAGUAAUCAAGUCAAGACAGACCAGAUUGGCAUCAUCACCAGUCCUUUAUUAGAAAACUUCCCAUGCCUUCUCUCAGAGGACUUCUCUCAGGCACCUCUGACUCCUUCCCUCAUAGGCAGCUUCACACAGCACUGACUCCUUUUCUUACAGGCAGCACCACACAGCUCUGACUCCUUCUCUCCUCUCUGCAUGACUGGCUAACCCCAACCUGUCACUUUCCUGGCUGCCUUACCCUGCCUGUGCCUCACACAGCAUCUUCUUACCUUAUCUGUUCCUUACCUCCUCACAGCACAGCCAGCAGGCUCCAUCCCAAACUGCAGCAGACUCUCUAACUCAAACUGCAACUAGCAGCCAGCUAGCCCACUUUUAUAACACCCAAACUCAUUGGGCAGGCACAGAUCUCUCCACUCUCAGUAAUGAGUACAGCUGUAAUUCAUUGGGAGAGAUUGCCUUCUGGACUAUCCUUUCAACCUCUCUUCCCACAAAUUGCCCCUUUUUUAUUUAAGGUAAAUUGCCAUUAUGACAUGUUCACAUAUUUCACCUCAGACUAACACUUAUACAAUUGUUUGCAAUAAGGACAUGUUGACAUUUUUCUCUUCAGACUACAGUUAUACAAUUGUUUUGGGCAACACAUUACAAUAAGGACAUAUACUUCAAAUCCUAGUUCUCAAAUAUUCCAAGUAGUUUUCCUAGUUUUGCUUUAUGGCUGUUUCUUUCACCAAGUUCUUAUAUAAGAGAUAGCUGCCUGCAUGCUGUAGAUUAUCAUAGGGUUUUUUUAGAUUGAUCAGAUAUUUACCUUUCCACAGAGCCAAGAGUUUUUUCUUAUUACUUAAGUUGCUCCUCAUGUAUAACCAAAUUAUUCCAAUUUCAUUACCCAAAGUGAAUGUUUAUAGUAGCAUAACAACCACAUAAAUACUUCAGUUGUACCUUUUUCAGCUUUGUUGCUUUUGUGAAGUUACUUUAAUGAACUCCUGUCUGGGAGAAACAUAUUUUGACUUGGCCCUUAAUUCAGCCUUUUUGGGGACACAGAAGCAGCUCAAGCAGGCUCUACUUCAGGGACAGGCACAUUCUCAAGCUGAACCUCAUUAUUCUGUUCUUCCCCCUUAAUUUCAAUUCCUUACUUUGAUUCUUCUUUUGCCUCCUGCACUGUUUCCAUUCCUUUAAAGUCUCAUAGGGUAAUUUCCAGGUGGUAACCAAAUUUGUAGCUGCCUUGUCCCCUUUGGAUGCCACAUCCCACAGUCUUUCCCUAACUUCUUUCCAUACUCUAGCACUAAAGGCAGUACUUGCAUCUUUUUUUUAACACCUUUUUUUCUUUUUUUCCCCAAAGUUUUUCAUAUAGAUAAAACAGUCUGUUCCCAGUGGCUCACCUGAAUAACCAUCCCUCCAGGUGCCAAAAUCAAUCAGGUCCAGACCAGCAGCUUCCCUGCUGGUCUCAGCUUCACUGGGCUCCAUCUCUGGCUGUACCUCACCCUACAGCACAAGUCCUGAUCAUUACAUUGGAGUCACCACUAUGUAGUAAUUAUGUCAGGAUAGACUGGACUGGCAUCACCACCAGUCACUUAUUAUAAACUUUUCCUGCCUUCUCUCAGUGGACUUCACUCAGACAACUCCACACAUUACUGACUCUUUUUCUUACAGGCAGCUCCCCACAGGUCUGAUACCUUUUUUCUUUUUCACAAUUUCCCUUCAACGUGACUGGCUAACCCCAAUCUGUCCCUUACCCAGCCACCUGACCCUGUCUGUCCCUCACACAGCACCUUCCUACCUUACCAGUCCCUUCUGUGACCACUUACCUGCUCACAGUGCAGCCAACAAACACUGAGACCCACACACUAACUACAACUAGUGGCCAGAUAACCCACUCUUUUAUAAAAUAACCAGCCUCAUUGAGCAGGCAAGGCUGUUUCACCUUCUUGGUAAUCAGUACAGCUGUAAUUCAUUUGGAAAGAUCGCUUUCUGCACUAAACUUAAGACCUAACUUCCCACACGGAGAGAGUGCAACUCUAACAUAGCCAGAGUGGUAAAACCACUUCUGCUUGCCUUAUAACCCCACCAUGCCUUGGGGACCAACAGCGGGACAGGGCACAGGGAGAUCCAGCAGGAUGGGAAUUGAGAGCUCCUGGUGAUCUGAGUACUUUCUCCUUCAUGUCACUGACCUGGGAGGAGCUGCUUUAGGACAUGGAUCCCAAAGAAGCAAGAGGUACCAGGAAGCACUGCUGAUCUGCACAGACCCCCUGUGCCUGCUGCUGCGCCACACUAAUUAGUGACCUAGGAGGAACUUCUGGACAUAGAUCCCAAAGGAGCAAGAGGUACCAGGAAGCACUGCUGAUCUGCACAGACCUCCUGUGCCUGCUGCUGCCCCACAGUGAACAGGGAGCUGCUCAGGAGCCCCAUGGUCCAUCCGUGGAUUCUCCAACCACUGACUCCCAUCCACUCAGACCACAGCCAGGAGCCACCUCCCACUGCCUGCCCAGUGUCCAUCCAUGGAGGUGACCACCGUGUCCCCAUCUCCUGCCUCACCCACUGAAGGAGACGAUCUCUGUGAGAUAGAUGUCACUGAUGUGGCCAUACACAGUGUGACACUGCUCAUCUGCCUCUGUGGGCUGUCUGGGAACGGGGCUGUCCUCUGGCUCCUCAGACUGAGAGCCCGGAACUCUGCCAUCUUUCAGCUGUCUUUCAUCGACUUCCUCUUCCUUCUCUUAAUGGUGCCCUCUGCUUUCCUCUUCCUGGUGGAGGACAUGUCCUGCUCUCCUGUCAUGCCCCUGACAUACGUGAGCUUCCUUUUCCAGCUGUCAGUGAUCUCCUUCAACUGGGGCCUGCACCGGCUGACGCGGCUCAGCAGUCUGUUCUAUGUGCUCAAACAAUGCGAACUCUACUGCCGCUGCAGACCUCCCGAGCGCCUGCUGUGGGUGGUGAUCAGUGUCCGAGACUGGGCCUUCUUUGCUCUCUUCACUGUCAUUCCCACUCUGGCAUCCCUGUGCCCAUCCCACGAGCAGGAGCAGUGCAGGGCAGCUCUCAUCUCCAUCUACACCAUCAUCCUGCUCCUCUUUGUUGCCACCAUGUUCAUAUCCCGCACAAUUGACAUCAUCAAGGCCACUUGUGGCUCUAAGAAACAGCAAGACAAGAAGCGACACAUCACUAUCUCCGUUGUUGUGCUCUUAACUAUCCUCCUCAGCAUGUGGAAUUUCCUGCAGCACCUUGGAUAUUUCCUAGUGCCCACCCAGGUUGUUUUCCUACUCACCUGCAUCCACAGCAGCAUCAAACCCUUCAUCUACUUCUUGGCAGGGAGGUGCUGGAGUCCCUGCUCCAUGGAGUCCCUCCAGCUCUCCCUCCAGAGGGUCUUUGAGGAGAAGGAAGAAAUAACUGCCUGCAGAAAUGAUGCCAACACAGAUACUGUGGUCUAAGCCUGUUGAUCCUUUCUACUGCUCUGCUGAAGGACCUCAGCACAGGUUUCCUUGAGUUGCCCGAUUAUUAAAUACCCACAGCAUCACCCUCCCUGCGCUGGUGUAUUCCUGCAGGAGUAGGGAGCAGGGGCAUUGCCAGGGGCAAUGUGGGAGGGAUGCUUUGCCAUAGAGCACAUUGGAGCAUGGCUUUCCUCCUCACUGCUGUGCCCAGCUCUAUUCCACAUGGAAUGACCCUCAUUGCUUCAGUCCCAGGGAAUGAACUCCAUCCCCAUUGAUCAACCAGAUGAGUUUCAUGGUGUUUUGAGGGAUCUCUUGCCUGCAAAGAAUGUGACAUGUUAAGGAACAGGGACACACCACCACAGGGCGGUUAUUUCCCAAAUGCCUGCUGUGCUGGUGCCUCUGGAUGGCAGGAGAGGGGUUGGGAUCACACGGAGCCUGCUUCCCCUUCUGUCCUCCAGAGCUAACCCUGCAUACCCAGCUGAUGGGAAGAGACACCAGGUAGGGCUGCAGAGAUGGGCAGGGACAGCAACAUUCCCUUGUACUUUCAGUGUGAAUUUGUCACAUUCCUUAAUUCCAGAAUUAAAUCCCUCUGAGUAAAGUGCAGGCUCCAGUGUGACCUCCACUGAAGCCUUGUGCCUGUGACCAAAAAAGAGCUUUAAGCAUGGAAAUUCACAUCAGCAGAUUCUUGGACUAUUUAAUGGCACAGAAAUUUGGGGUUAUGCUGCUGUUCUGCAGAAUGGGGCCAUUCUCUGGUUCCCCUACAUCAAAGUCCAAGGAAGCCCUUGACCACCUCCAUCCUAAACCUGCCCAUCGUCAGAAGGAGCUGAACAAGGACUCUGCACAGAGCUUCAGCCAAAAUCCAUCUUUGUCAUUUUGUUAAUACCCGUGUGUCAAAUUUUGGUUUAUUUUUUUGAUGUGUUUCCACUGUGAUAAUUCUGUCCUCAGAAUUUGUUGAUUAAACAACAUCCAGGCUUCUCUGCAGGUCCCUGGUGAACAGUGACCAAAGUGGCUCAUUUCCCUUUUUUUAUCCCAUUCUAAAGAUUCUGACAUUCUGUUGGGAGGGCAGGUACCUGUCUCAUACCAGAACUCUCCCUAAGACACGUGCCUGCAAUGAGAGGGUUGAUGUGACAGUGCCAAGAUCUCCUCAUUCCUCCUGGGAGAGACCUGGGCAGCAGCCACAUCUCCUACCCAGAGGGAAGUUGUGCCUCCUUUUCCCACUGCCUUAAAUCCAGGAGAAACAAAGAUGCCACUGCUUCUGGAAAGGAAAGGGUGAGUGAAAGCCUUGGGUACUAAGUCAGACUUUAGAGACACAAGACACACAUGAGAUUAAACAUUGCAAAAGCAUUUAUUAAAAGAGUUGUUAAUAAUUAACAGAAGAGAUAGACUUUGACAUUUGAGAGGGUUUUUUCUUCCUGUCUCCCAUUAUCCUCUCCACUGGAAAGCAGAAACUUUCCAAGGUACUACCCCUUGUCAAGGAAAGAACAACUCUGCCAGAGAGUGUCUCCCAAGGCAAGUUCAGAAGGAUUAUUAUCCUCCAAUGUACUUUUUCUACUUCCAAGCACAUUCAUUGUCUCCAGUGUGACUUCGGCCACCCUCUAUGAGAGCUUCCUUUCAAAAGUGCAAAGAUUUCAAAGUAAGAGGUUUCCUGGGUGUUCCUUCCCAUGGCAGAAGGGCUGGAAUGCGACAAUGUCUAAGGUUCCUUCCAACUCAAACCAUUCCAUGAUUAUUCCUCUUGUCAUCCAGAACCCACUCCAGGCAGGAGUUCCCCUGCAGCACUCAGCACCAGCCUGACAGACAUCAAGGAGCUUUUGGACAGUGCUCUCAGGUAUAGGGUAGGAUUGUUGGGAUGUCCUGUGCAGGGUCAGGAACUGAACUCCAUGAUCCUUGUGGGUCCCUUCCAACUCUGGGUAUUAUAUGGGUCUAUAUUAUAAUGACUAUUUCAUGAUGAAACCACUUGAUAAUGAUUCCACAGUGCUGUCCCUAUUCCCUGGCUCUGACACAUCCUCAAAAGCCCUCUGGAAGGCAGCACUAAUAGAGAGGGUGAAUUCCUCUGCACAUCUCCCAGCCAGGAAGUAAAUCAGAGGAUGGGCACUGCUGUUGGCACAGGAGAGCGGGAGAGAGGUGCUGAGGGGAAAGACAGAGAAGUCAAAUGUCCUCAGCAAGAGCCAGUACCCAAAUCAAGCAGUGAAAAAGGGCAAGGAGAUGACAGGCAGCAGAAGCAGGGCACAGAGCUCCCAUGGAAGCUGUUUCCAUGAACAGCACAGGAGCCUGGGCAGCAGCGUGAGGCCAGAACAGGUCAGGGUGGGCAUGGAGAAGAGGUAGCUCAGAACCAAGGCCAUAAGCACUGAAGGGUGGAAACAGAGGGUAACAGUGAGCAGCAAGGAGCAGUGGGAAGUGCUGGGAGCAGUGGCAGGGCCAGCAGGACACUGGAGGACAAACAGAGCUGUCACAGCACUGAAGGCUGUCAGAGAGCAGAUACCAGCAGGGAAAGCCAAGAGGAUGGUGACAUUCAGCCCAGCUGUCACAGCCCUGUCAUGGGCCCAGCUGGUGGCAGAAGCUCUCAGGGACAGAAAUACCCCCAGGGUGAUGGUGAUGGAGAGCAGGAAGGUGAAGUCAGCCAUGGCCAGGGUGAGCACACAGAUGGUGUUGAGGUUCCUGCAGCUGUGGAAGCAGAGGAGCCAGAGCACAGCUCUGUUCCCCACCAUUCCACACAGGAACAGCAGCAGCAGGGUGACAGGGACUUUGCUCCAGUGGGUCCAGUUGGAGUGAUUCUCCUCAUUCCAGCUCUCGUUGGAUGCCUCCCCACCGGGCUGCCUCCAGCUGGCAGGGCUGGGUCCCUCCACAGCAGAGGACAAUGUGUUCACAAUUGUGACACCUCUGCUGCUUCUCCUUCCCCUCACACAGCUGCAGGGUUAAAAACAGAGACACUAUAGAAACCUUGCUGUCCACCAGAUGUGGCUUUUCCCAUCUUUUCCUACCUGCAAUUUCCAUGUGGAGCCGCACAGGGAGAGGCAAGGGACAGGACAGAUGGCAAGCAGGAUGUGGGAGACUGGUCUGGCGAGCCUGGCACCAAAGCCUGGGAGAUACCUCCUUCCUGGCUGUGGACAGGACUCAGCUGGAGGAGGAAAACCAUUGGAGAAGGAAAGAAUUGCCCGUGGAGCUAUCAUAGAACAAAUGGCUUUGGGAAGGAUUUGGCAUGGAUUCUCAGGUGUUAGCUGAUAUCACUGAGCUGCUGGAUUCCUUCAGCAGGACACUCAUUUCAAUAUUCCCUCCAUUUUUCCACAAGGUUGAUAGCUUUUAGUACCCUACAUACAGCAAUUCCCUGAAAUAAACCAGGGAUGAUGAGUUUCCACACAAGGAGGUGGCACUGAUUAAUCUGAAAAAGACACUGACUUGUUUCCCCUCACAGCCUGGAGAACUUCACUGGAGGGCACUCUCAUCACCUCACACACACCAGCUGCUGUCCCUGGGUUGGGAUCUUCAGAGGUUCCCUGCAAUGGACACUUGGGAAAGGGGAGCAAAGCCCACAGGAUGAGCCCGAGCAGCAUCCAGCACGGGGUCUGUCCCAGCUCCUGCCCACCCCCUGUUCUCCGUGCUGGCUCCUGUUCUCCAGGGCUCUUACAGUCAGGAACUAUUGCAGAGCCUGUGACGGGAUCAGGGCUCUGCUUCUGAUCUGCUCUUGACUUUCUGCAGGCAAUGAGGAACAGGAGAUGUGGGAGCUAGGAGAGAGAGUACUGUGGUUUUAUUUAACAUAAGCAGUGUGAGAUGUUACAUAGUGAUUUGUCUCAUUAUGAAAAUACAUCAUGGGAUCAAUAUAUACAAGAAUACUGAAUCCAAAGUAAAGCAUGGACAUAAGACAUAGGAAAAUCUAAUGAUUUUAUUAUUAUUUUGUCACUAUAACUAUGAAUUGUAUCCACUUUCAUGUAUAAGGAAAACGUGGGCUCAUGUGGACAUGAGCAGACUUGUCGCUGCUGCUGCCUGCUUGCGAGGAGUGUAACCUGACAACAUGUUCGAGCUUUGUUCAGACCCUGUGGGGGCUUGUGGCCACUGCUGCUUGAGGGCUGGCUAACAUUUAGGGCUUGCUCAGACUUGUACCCCAGCACAGUGGGCAUGUCACUGCCCACCAAGAAACUGCAGGGGCAGUGACCAAAGGUGAGACGGUCGUGUUGGCGCAGCGCAGACUCCCCGUGUCCCCAGCGCUGCUUGUCCCUUCCUUACCAAUGGACUAAUAAAUUGCCUCAUUGAUUGACCUA